CCGUCAGAGCAGAGCUUGGGGGUUAAACGGCAGCUACUGAAGGCUAGUAAAUAGGCGGUAAAGGAAAGAUAGUUUUCAUAACAUUUGUGAAAGGAAACUAGAAGCUGUGUGGUACAUAAUCAAUAAUAUAUUGAAUGUGAAUUUCGUGUGAAUUCAAUGUCCAGUAGCUGUUGUAAUAGUGAUUUAGUCGGUAACAGUUUUGCCGACAUUUUUCGUGGUAUUGCUCGCUUACCACAAACUAUAACCUAUGAAUAUGUGAAUAUAAGCGAACUUAGCGAUAAAUCAAAUGUAUUUAUUUUGUAUUUGACUGUAAUAAUUAUUGUUGUUAUUGUUGCGUUAACGUUCAAAUUGAUCUUAACAUGGUCGUGCAAUUCGAUUGGUUCAGGAAUAUAUACCGCCCAAGGCGGGAAUACUGUUACAGCAAUUUCAUCGUCUGCUGAAGAAGCCACCGGGCACGCCCCCUUAGAAGACUUGGACAGCAGAUCAUCUACCCGAAUUUGUCAGCAGAACGAAGGUUGGGGACUCCGUAGUGGAUACCGCUCAGCAAGGAAGGGCAGCCUACGGGAGGAUAACUGAGGUGAUCGGAAACCACGCUUCGCCAAAUGGGCAAGUGGCGUAACCGGUUUACCCGAACACCGGAUGACAGCCACAUGAGCCCCGAAGACGCUACCGGAUGUGCCAACGACAUGGGGUCUCUCUCUGUGGAUGCAUCAACGACUCUUCUAAGUGACAAUAUUAGGGGCGCCAUCAUUGACGCUGACGACAGAUUAAAAAGUAAAGGAAUUUACUGGGACGUCACACGACCCAUUCAAGAAAAUGGAAAGGAGGAACCCUUAGAGGAAACAGGAAUGCUGACGCGUAGCAACAAUAAUGCUUCAACGGUUAUCUGCAACAAGAACGGCAAAGUGCCGAUGCAUAACGGAAGUGUUAAAGUGAAUGGUGAUGGAAUCUUAAACAAAGUUCGAUGUUCUUCUGCUACAGAAGAAGAGGAUGAUGACGGUAAAGACACUGACGUCAGUAAGGCUGAGGAGAUGGAAUGUGGUUUAGGACCUUGUGCCCCAAAAUGGAUGCAAAUCUUCGCUUCCAAACAGGCCUUCCUAGUGACAUUUUGUAUUACGUGGGUUCUUCAAGGCAUGUACUAUACGUAUUUCGUAAGUGUAAUAACGACAUUAGAAAAACUGUUUCAAAUCCAAUCCAAAACGACUGGUAUUAUUAUGAGUGCUACAGAAAUUGGACAGAUUGGUUCGUCGUUGUUGCUGACUUACUAUGGAGGUCAAGGUCACAGACCGAAGUGGAUCGCAUGGGGGAUGGUUUUGUUCGCCGUGUCGUCCUUCACGUGUUCAUUACCUCAUUUCCUGUUUGGAAAACAGCUGAUUCGCGACAACGACGUAUUAUUUGGUGGUGUGGCGUCAGUUGUCGGAAGUCCUUAUGGUGGCAACAUAACGGAGCCAAUUCAGCCCAACAUAUGCAAUUCCUCACACCCUGCUGUCAUCCACAACAUGACCACUAGUUCGACCCCUGCAAUGAGAGAUGCCUCCAGGAUCACUCCUGUAGUGCUGGCCAUCUUCUUCACAAGUCUGCUUGGAGUGGGCAUGGGCCAGACAGCUGUGUACACUCUCGGAAUACCGUACAUAGACGACAACGUGGCGAGCAGGGAGUCCCCUCUCUAUUUCGCAAUCACCAUUGGAGUACGAAUACUUGGACCAGCUCUGGGGUUCAUACUGGGUUCACUGUGCACAAGGCUGUACGCUGACCUAACAGUUGACCCCAAAAUCACACCCACAGACCCUCGGUGGGUCGGAGCUUGGUGGCUAGGACUGGUGAUGGUGUCGGCCCUGUUGUUUUUGGCAUCCCUCGCGAUGUUCUCGUUUCCAAAGAGGCUCAGUACUUGCAGACCCACACCGAGAUCUCUGCGGAGGGAGAAGAAAAAUCCCAGUCUCAGAGAUUUCCCAAAGGCUGUGAAACGGCUUCUGAAGAAUGACAUUCUCAUGUUCCGAACAGCAAGCAGCGUCCUUCACAUUCUGCCAAUAGCAGGCCUAUACACGUUUCUUCCCAAAUACCUGGAGUCACAGUUCAGGCUUGCAGCCCAUGCAGCGAAUAUGAUAUCAGGAGUAGGAGGAAUUCUUGUAAUGGGUCUUGGAAUUAUCAUUAGUGGGGUCUUCAUUUUACGCGUAAAGCCAAAUGCAAGGUUUGUUGCUGCGUGGAUUGCCUUCACUGCUGUGGUCUAUGCUAUUGGAAUGGGAAUCUUAAUGUUGAUUGGCUGUCCAAUGAAGGAUUUUGCUGGACUGCAUACAACUUCUUCAGGAUUGACAACUUUUGAGCUGGAUUGUAAUGCAACUUGCAAUUGUGACAGGAAUAAGUUCAGUCCAAUAUGUGGUCGAGACAAAAGCACAUACUUCUCUGCCUGCCAUGCUGGAUGUCAGAAUAUAACCUUAGUAGAUGGAAAAAUAGUGUCGUAUUCAGAAUGCCUGUGUAUGCAGAAUAACAGUGCCAACAUAUCACAGAUCGGAAAAGAGCCCUUAGCAAAUGCAACAAUUGGUUACUGUGACCUGGAAUGUGAUAAUUUCAUCUGGUACAUCAUCCUUUUCUCCAUAUUUGUCUUCAUCCAUUCAACAUCUGAAGUAGGAAGCAUGCUGUUGAUUUUACGAUGUGUUGACCCCAGGGACAAGGCUAUGGCCCUUGGUCUCAUACAGUUUGCUAUUGGGUUAUUUGGCAAUGUGCCAUGUCCAAUUGUGUAUGGUGCGGUUGUAGAUUCUGCGUGCCUGGUAUGGGAGAUGGCAUCUGGAGAGAGGGGUGCUUGCAGGCUCUAUGAUGCUGAUGUCUUCCGGAAGUUUUACCAUGGGACUACUGGAGCCAUUCUUCUCUGUGCAUUCUUCAUGGACAUCAUUGUAUGGUACAAAGCAGGCAGCAUUAAUUUUGUGGAUGAACAGGUCCCUCCGCAAGAAGAGGAAUUAAAUCCUAUCACAGGGAAAGCUCGGUCAGAAACUAGUGUAUGACAUAGUGACAUGGCUGUGCCAUGUGACUUAAGCAAACACUGACACAUUCAUUAGCAUUGAGAUGCAGAAUCAUCAUUCAAUGCAGUGAACAUGAAGACUGAUUACACCCCCUUCCAGCUCUCAGCGAUGGAAUGUUACAAGAAAUUAUGUAUGUAACAGGUUCAGUAGCAACCACAACUACUUGCUGUCAUUCCUAUGAGAGAAAACUGGAAAUUUACUCAACUGCAUUGUAGAUGCAGCUGUUUGAAACUUGUCUCACUGUAUGCUUUGUUCUUAAAACACUAUAUAUAUAUCAGCAGUUUUAUAGCACGAUUUAUAUUUCCUCAAAAUAUAGAUACCAUUUCUUUCAAAGCUCAAGCAUGGGGGUUGCUAUGCAAUUGUCAGAAGCUUAGGUAUGUUUGUAAUGUGCCACUAUGUGGUUUGGAAUUGUAUUAUUGGCUGCAAGAAGAAUACAUUGUUAUGUUCAUUUGUGAAAGGGAUCAUUACCUAUCCAACUUGUCACUUGUCUGUACAGUGUUUCUGCUUACAGGUUGUCAGGAAUACCACCUGAUUUGUAUGGUCUGAUUUACCGAACCUGAGUAUCCUUACUGUUAUAAAAUCAUCUGUAAAUGACUUAAAAUCUUGGUUUUGUGGUUAGCUUGCCUGUGUCAUAUUCUGGAGAUCCACAUUUUCAGCCUGAAUACUGGUUGUUCUGUCUGAGGUUUCCAUGACUGUCAUUAGUUUCUCCAGGCAAAUGCUGGAAUAUUGACUUCAAAUAAAUGACAGACGUUUCUUUCCACACCUUGCCUAAUUCAUUAUCAUCUUCACAUUUGAUGCUACAUACAUUAGCAAUGCUGUUGAGGCAACGCUGUUAAAGGAAUUAGGUACCCUAACCAUUGUCUGACACUAAUUAUUCUUCAUUGUAACAGGAAAGUCACAAUAUCUAAGAUAAUAUAUACAAAAAAUUAAAAUUUGCUUAGUGGGGGGUGGAAUCCAACAGGGUCAUUCAGCAUAGUGGCAAACUGAUUGGCCUAUUGUACCUGCCCCAGGUGAGUAUGAUGAUGGAGCAUUUGGUGGAAUGAAGAUUGGCA